CGGAGUCGUACUCUAACAAUCAGCAGAAAGUAACUGUCCCAUCACAGAUGUAAACAAACUUGAAAUCCCGCCAUCAACAGAAGUGCCUGAUAUUAAAUUAUGCCGACUUUAAUAAUUACAUAUUCAAUUCAGAUUAUAAAAAUUGCCUUUAAAUAAAUAUGUCGCAUUACCUGGAAUCAUUAUAUUUGUUUUCCAUGAAACAACUAUACUAAAUCAUAUCUCUCGCGUCGUUAAAAUCAGAGAAAAUACCAAGAUGUGGUUUCUCUGGGAAUAACCAAAUUGAAUAAAGGAUUAUUUUUUUUAUAGAUCACAAAAUGGUUUUCAUUAUGUGCUAAGAAACAACAAUUUUUUGAAGUCAGUUAUCUGUGAUUCAACUUAAACUCAAUUUUAAGAACUGAAAUUUCAAAUUGAAUAGAAAGUUGCAAAAUGGAGACUCCUAUCGAACCAAAUGAAACAUAUUUAAUAAGUGAUCUUUGUGUUACAGCCUUUGGCACUGAUACAAAUGAGCAAAUGCCAGUUUCUGUACAUCAGACAAAUUUUUCAUGUGAUAUAUGUGGUAAAGUAUUUUCUGAAGAAAGUAGUUUUCAUUAUCAUUUUCGAACUCAUAUAAAUAAAAAAUCCUAUACUUGUGAUGUAUGCAGGAAAAAUUUUGCUCGAAAAUGUGACUUGAAUAAGCACUUUAUUACUCAUACAAAUGUAAAACCUUACUCAUGUGAUAUAUGCUGCAAAAACUUUUCUCGAAAAUCUCAUUUAAAGGAACAUUGUAGAAUUCAUAUAAAUGAAAGACCGUAUAUUUGUGAAAUAUGUAAUAAAAAGUUUUCACAGAAAAGUGUUUUAAAUGCACAUUUCCUUAUACAUACAAAUGAAAAACACUACUCUUGUCAUAUAUGCAGCAAAAAAUUUUCUCGAAAGCAAUUUUUAAAUAAGCAUUAUCGAACUCAUACCAAUGAAAAACCUUAUUCUUGUGAUGUAUGCAGGAAAGGAUUUUCUCAGAAAAGUAAUUUAAAUACUCAUCUACUUAUUCAUAGAAAUGAGAAACCCUUUUCUUGUGAUGUGUGCAGGAAAGAAUUUUCCCAGAAACGUUAUUUAAAUGAACAUUAUCGAAAUCAUACUAAUGAAAAGCGUUUUUCUUGUGAUAUAUGCCAUAAAGAAUUUUCUCAUCAAAGUCAUUUUGAUCAACAUUUUCGUAUUCAUACAAAGGAGAAACCUUUUGUUUGUGUUAUAUGUGAAAAGGCAUUUGCUUUAAAAAGCAAUUUGAAUAAGCAUUGUCAAACUGUUAGUAGAUUAAUGAUGGAGACUUCUAUCGAAUCGGAUAAAAAAGAUUUGAUUAGUGAUAAGUGCUCUAAAGAAUCUCAUACUGAUGAGAACGUGCAAAUCCUAACUCGCACGGAUGAUAAAUUUCUCACCUGUGAUAUCUGCAAUAAAGUUUUUCCUAAGAGAUGGUCUUUCAAAAGACAUUUGCGCUCUCAUUCAACUGAAAAACCCUAUUCUUGCAUUGUAUGCAAGAAAAAUUUUUCUUGGAAAGUUCAUUUAAUGCAGCAUAAUCAAAUUCAUUUGAAUGAAAAAUAUACAUGUGUUUUGUGCAACAAAGAAUUUGCUCAAAAAAGUAGUUUAACAAAGCAUUAUCGAACUCAUACAAAUGAAAAACCUUAUGUUUGUGAUGUAUGCAAUAAAAGUUUUUCUCAGAAAAGUUACUUUACUAAGCAUUAUCGAAUCCAUACAAAUGAAAAACCGUAUUCGUGUGAUGUAUGCAGUAAAAGUUAUUCUCAGAAAUAUAAUCUAACUGAGCAUUAUCGAACUCAUACGAAUGAAAAACCUUAUUCUUGUGAUGCAUGUAAUAAAUUUUUUUCUACGAAAAGUGCUCUAAAUAGACAUUUGGUAAUUCACACAAAUGAAAAGCCUUAUUCCUGUGAUGCAUGUAAUAAAUGUUUUUCUACGAAAAAUGCUUUAAAUAGACAUUUGGUAAUUCACACAAAUGAAAAACCUUAUUCCUGUGAUGUAUGUACGAAAAGAUUUCCUGAAAGAUAUCUUCUAAAUAUCCAUUAUAAGAUUCAUGUAAAAGCCUAUUCUUGUGAUGUAUGCGGCAAGUCUUUUUCUGCGAAAAUUUUUUUGAAUGGUCAUUAUCGAACUCAUACAGGCGAAAAGCCUUAUUCUUGUGAUGUAUGUAAUAAACAGUUUUCUCAGAUAGGUAAUUUAAAUGUGCAUUAUCGAGCUCAUACAAAGGAAAAACCUUACUCUUGCCAUGUAUGUAGUAGAAAAUUUUCUCGAACUUAUAGUUUAAAUAGGCACCUUCAUACUCAUUUAAAGAAGAAAUCUUUUAAUUAGUAAUGCAUAUAUUCAAGCAUUUUCCAGGAAAGUUCGUCUGAAUAGGCAUUGAUGUAUCAAAACAAAUGAAGAAACGUUAUAUGAUAUGCACUACACUCCUGAAAAUCCGACCUGAUAUUGCAAAAGGACAGACCGGAUUAAAAAAAAAAAAAAAAAAAAAAACCGAAUAAGCCGGGAUUUUAUGAAAUAAUUUUUUUACCCACCAAUACCAGAGGACAAAGUUUUUAUAUCAAAACUCUCUGUUAUAAUAAGCGGUAUUUAUGAAUAAGCUGUGAAUUUCGUCAUUACCUUGCAAGAAAUGUAUUUUUUUUAAUAAAAUAUAAUAUUUUAUUUUUCUUCCAA